AUGUCCAUGGACAUGGACAUGGGCACAGGCAGCUGCCAGAUCUCCAUGCUCUGGAACUGGACCACUAUCGACGCAUGCUUCCUCUCCAAAUCCUGGCACAUAACCACCAAAAGCAUGUUCGCCGGCUCCUGCCUCGGCACCAUCUGCCUCGUGGUGUGCCUCGAGUUCCUGCGCCGCGUCGGGCGCGAGUACGAUGCUUUCCUCGUCCGGCGGGCCCGGUUGCGGUAUCAGUUUCUCUCAACCCUUGAUCCUUCAGAGGGGGAGAUGCCCUUAGCGCCGGCUGCUUCAACUUCUCGGUGCAAGAACGCAGUCCCAGCAGCAGCAGCAGCAGCAGCAGCAGCUACUGUAGGAACAAGCACGGCAACAGCAGCACCAUCCUUCCGCCCAACCCUCCCCGAGCAACUCGUCCGCGCAACCCUGCACAUGCUGCAGUUCGCCGUGGCGUACUUCGUCAUGCUGCUGGCGAUGUAUUUCAACGGGUAUAUCAUCAUCUGCAUCAUCCUCGGGGCGUUUCUGGGGGCGUUUGUGUUUUCGUGGGAGGUGAUGGGGGAGGGGGUGGGGGUGGUGGGAAACGAUGCUACCGCCGUGACGAAGUGCUGUGGUUAG